AUGCCUCAAUUUCGCAAUCUCCUUGGCCGGAAGAGCCAGCCCAAUGGCGAGGACGCCGACGGCUUCGACGAGAACCAUCUGUCGCCCAACGCGCGGCCCGCUCCGAUCGAGAUUCGUCGCAGUUGCGACGGCGAACCCAACGAGUACAAAUUGAGUGUCGUCAAUGAUAGCGGUGUCUAUCUUCCUCCCUCCCCUCCAGAAAAGCAGAGUUUCUGGCGCCGAUACCCAGGCUCUACGCCCUCAUCGAACCAUCGCGACCUCGUCGACGAAAACGAACCGUUCUCAAUAUCGCGCGAAUCAUUCGACUCUUAUCGCCGCUCAUUUGAUAUUUGCGCACGCUCACCCAUCUCACACCCCGAUGCCGUGCCCUCCCGAACCUCCCUCGACUCCCGCUUCUGCCGCUCGCCCGGCACGUGCCAGGGCAGAUUCGACAAGCCCGACCCGAUGGAAGAGGAGAAAUUCGAAGAAGUCGGUUUAAACGACGAGAUGAAACCCAAGAAAAAGGGUAUUUUCGCACGAUUCGGCGAUUCCACCAGCGAAGCACCGCAAUCCGGCAACAAAUCCACGUCCUUUGGGUUCCACAUUCCCGGCAGGAAGCGCGGACAGAGCGGCGGCGGUUCAGAGCUGAGCGCCAUCAAAGGGCCUGCGCCUGGAACGGCCGAGAAUGGCGAAUGA